UGUUAGAUUGCAUGAAUCACUUCAUUUAGUCAUUGAUGCAGUAACCCGAAACCGAAGCAACGCGUUGAAUACGCGGGUAUUUGCGCAGUUGUGUGAAGAAAAUGACGAACACUUUCAUCAAUUACUCCUUCACACUGAAGUACGCUGACUGUCGAAAGGCUUAUGUUUGACAAGAUUUUUUGCACUUUUUGAGACUAUUUUAGAAUUUCUGGAUACUAAAGAUAAAAUUUUAAAAGAAAAUUUAAUGAAGAGGAAAACAGACAUCGCCUAUUUAACAGAUUUGUUUACAGAAUUUAAUAUGGUUAAUUUGCAAUUACAAGGCGACAGUUUAUUUUUGAUUAAAAAAAAUUCCAUCUCUUAUCAGCGUUUCUUGCCAGAGUUAAACUAAUGAAGCAAAAUAUUGGACGGGGCGAAUUUUCUCAGUUCCCCAAUUUGUCACAGACAAGCGGCCAGGAAGACGACGUUUCAACAUACAUUCAACAUUUAAAUGCCCUCUAUUCAGAUUUUGAAUCUAGGUUUGAGGAUAUUUUGGCUAUGGUAAUACCACCGUGGAUAAUUAAUCCAUAUGGUGACAUAGAAGAAACGAAUGUGAUAAUACCAGAGCAACUGACUGUACAAACGAAGAACUCAAGGUUCAGUUUAAAAACGGAUAUCAGCAAUUCUGGCUGCAAAACAACAUACCCGUUACUUAUCCCGUAUUAUGGAAUAUAG